AUGGCGACUCUCUCCGCUUACUCCUCUCCCGCCGCCUGGCCCAACGAGAAUCCUAAUCCAGCAGUCCUCCUUCAGCAGAGCGCCACCGGGGAAGAACAGCAGCUCGAUAAUCCCCAGUCUUACGAUUCCCUUUCUUCAAUUAUGCCCCAGGAAAAUCACCAACUACCUCCACUCGCUCAGUCGCCUUCGAACCCUAGCCCCCUCACCAAUUACAGCAGUCCAAUUUCUUCACCGCCGGAAUCCUCGUCCCCACUGCCGUCCGUUGCCCUCCUACAUCUCUCCUUCAACCAGGACUCCGGAUGCUUCGCCGCGGGUACCGACCACGGGUUCCGGAUCUACAACUGCGACCCCUUCCGGGAGAUAUUCCGCCGUGACUUCGAUCACCGUGGCGGGGGAAUCGGAGCGGUGGAGAUGCUUUUCCGUUGUAAUAUUCUAGCUCUCGUUGGUGGUGGGGCCGACCCGCAGUACCCACCCAAUAAGGUUAUGAUCUGGGAUGAUCAUCAGAGCCGUUGCAUUGGCGAGCUCUCCUUUAGGUCCGAGGUUCGAUCUGUGAAGCUUCGGCGGGAUAGGAUCAUCGUCGUUUUGGAGCAGAAGAUUUUUGUGUAUAAUUUUUCGGAUUUGAAGUUGUUGCAUCAGAUUGAGACGAUCGCCAACCCUAAAGGGCUUUGUGCGGUGUCACAUGGGGCGGGUUCGCUUGUCUUGGUCUGCCCGGGCUUGCAGAAGGGUCAAGUUCGGGUUGAGCAUUAUGCCUCAAAGCGGACAAAGUUCAUUAUGGCGCACGACUCCAGGAUUGCUUGUUUUGCUAUCACGCAGGAUGGCCAGUUGCUUGCUACUAGUAGCACUAAGGGUACCCUCGUAAGGAUUUUCAGUACAACGGACGGCAGUCUUCUUCAAGAGGUGAGGAGGGGUGCAGACAGAGCAGAGAUAUACAGCUUAUCAUUCUCUUCUACUGCACAAUGGCUAGCCGUUUCUAGUGAUAAAGGAACAGUGCACGUUUUCAGCCUUAAGUUGAAUCCUGAGGCAAAAAUGAACGACAUUUCACGAACCACAACUGAUUCAAAUCAUGCUGCUGGCUCACCUGGUUCAUCCUUGUCCUUCUUGAAAGGUGUUUUACCAAAGUAUUUCAGCUCAGAGUGGUCGGUUGCUCAGUUUAGGUUACUGGAAGGCUCGCAGUACGUUGUUGCCUUUGGUCACCAGAAGAACACGGUGGUCAUUCUCGGGUUCGAUGGAAGCUUCUAUAGGUGUCAGUUCGACCCUGUGAACGGUGGAGAGAUGACACAGCUAGAACAUCACAACUUUCUGAAGCCAGAUGGUAGCUCCUGA